AUGUUUUCUGUAGCUUCAAGACAGGUCGCCCGAUGCGCAGUGAGGCAGCAAUGCCGUGCCUUCAGCUCGACCCCCUCUGUGGGGGCUGCUGCUGAGGUCAAGAAACUGGGCGUCAUUGGAGCAGGUCAAAUGGGCCUUGGAAUAGCUCUCGUAGCAGCACAGAAAGCCUCUGUACCAGUCCGGUUAAUUGACAAUUCCCAAGCAUCAAUCGACAAGGGCCUAAAGUUCGCGGACAAGCUUCUCGAAAAGGAUGUCGGAAAGGGCAGGAUCUCCAAAGAUGAUGCCGUCGCAGCAAGAGAGCGAUUAACGUCUAGCACCUCAAUGGACGACCUCUCAGACGUCGACUUCGUAAUCGAGGCGGUACCAGAGAUCCCAGACCUCAAACACAAGAUCUUCUCCCAACUCGCACAAAUCUGCCCAUCACACGCUAUCCUAGCCACCAACACCUCUUCCAUCUCGAUUACCAAGAUCGCAGCAAGUACAACCACCGACCCAACCGAUCUCUCGGCCUCAUCGCGUGUCAUCAGCACACACUUUAUGAACCCGGUCCCCAUUCAAAAAGGCGUAGAAAUCAUCACUGGCCUCCAGACCUCACAAGACACCGUCGAUACCGCAAUUGCUUUCUGUGAGAGGAUGGGCAAGAUCGCUUCCAAGUCCGCCGAUAGCCCAGGUUUCCUCGCGAACCGCAUUCUUAUGCCGUACAUCAACGAGGCCGUCAUCUGCUUAGAGACCGGCGUAGGUGCCAAGGAGGAUAUUGAUAGUAUUAUGAAGAACGGCACGAACGUACCUAUGGGCCCGCUUCAAUUGGCGGAUUUCAUUGGUAUCGACACGUGUUUGGCCAUCAUGCAGGUUUUGUAUCAUGAUACGGGUGACUCCAAGUACAGACCCGCUGUGCUGUUGAAGAAGAUGGUGGAUGCAGGGUGGUUGGGAAAGAAGAGUGGGAAAGGGUUUUAUAACUACUAG